UUGAGACGUGGUUGACACAAUGAUGGCUCUAUUCCUAAUCACUACGCCAUGCCAUGCCUCAUCAUACGAUGUAUGAUGUGUAUGGACUCCCAUUUCCGCCCAUUCCUGUGUGGGUAUUUCCCAGUUCCAGGUUCCCAUUUCCGGACCUUCCCUUCCGAGAACUUGACCAGCGUACCGGAGAGAACUCGGCGGAUGGAGAAAGAAGAGAUAUUUGCAAACAGAUCCCUAACCCAACGCCAAUGCCACUUCCAACUUGUGAAGAUGAGUGGCUGAAAUGCCUGCUACCCUUUGAUCGAUGCAGAAUGGGGUUGUUAAGACACUUUUGAAGAAAACGGUAUCAAGGGGGAGACAAAAUCAUGAAAGCAAACAGAAAAAGGAAAAAACAAAAGACAAAAGAAAAAAAAAAGAAAAAAAAGAAAAAAA